AUGGAGAGGCACGUUACCGGCACCAACUCCCCGGUCCUGGUAGACGAUCGCGGUUCUCCUAUCUUCCCGUCCGCUAUACCUCCGACGACUGACUUCCCUUACCCUCGCGCAACUCCGUCCUUUGCAUCCUCUAUCAAACACUCGGACACUGGCAUCAAUGGAUCCUCUGCUGUGCCCACAGACGCUAGGGAUGCAUCCCCUAACGCAACACCCGGGACAACUAGCCAGACAAUGAUCGGGUCUCCGCAACUAGACGAGAACUCCCCGACUAGCUCCAGCUCCACUACAGUCACUGCAUCUCCGCCGCCACAGCAAGCCGCUCUCGAGCAGGUCCAACCACCGCCCCCCAAGCAGCCCUCGGAGCGCAAGGAACGUCCAGGUCAUUUCUCACCAAAGAAAAGUGCCUUUGGGUUAGGUCGAGGCAAGAAGGGAAACAAUGCACAGCGUCCUGGAGUGAACAGGGAAGUUACAUACAACUUCGAUCCGUACUCUGACUCGGAUACCUCAAGCUCGAGCCCGAGCUCGAGCUCCGAUUCCGAAGAUGAGGAAUGGCAAGCGAAACAACUCGAAGGGAGGGCAAAAACGGUUCGCGGCAAGGGUGGAUGGCUGCAGAGUCCAGGAGUGCCGUCCGAGGCGGAACGCAAAGCACGCAGCAACCGGCAGCAAGGCAGGAAGGACAGCUCGAAGCCAUACUCCAGAUUCUCUAUCAAGAAUGACAUGUUCAAGACCAAGGGCCACGUUAGCAAAAAGGAUGGCAGGCUAAAGAUCUCCGUCAACGAGACCGCGAACUCAGGGUACCUAGCUAAGGCGCUUGGAGCGGGUAUCAAACACCAUCUCGGUCUCGGAAAGGAGGAAGAUAUCGACGAAGAGGAGAAUCCGGCAACUCCAUUGGAGGAGCGAGGUGACCGGCCAAACCUUGAACCGUUAGCCUCAACGGAUGUUUUCGAGAGAGGGCAGACCACGAUACCAAAGCUGAACAUAGUGGUAAUAGUCAUCGGUUCCAGAGGAGACAUCCAGCCUUUCCUGAAGAUUAGUAAGAUAUUGAAAGAGGAGUACGGCCAUCGCGUGCGCAUCGCUACGCAUCCUGCCUUCAAGGAGUUCGUCGAGCAAGAUUCUGGACUGGAGUUUUUCAGCAUAGGAGGAGAUCCGUCAGAGCUGAUGGCGUUCAUGGUAAAGAACCCAGGCUUGAUACCAAGCAUGGACACAAUACGGCAGGGUGAGAUUGGAAGGAGGAGAGCCGCAAUGUCUGAGAUGUUUGAGGGGAUGUGGAGAGCUUGUAUCAACGCUACCGAUGACGAGCAUGAUGUAGAGAACAUAAGGAUGAUGGGCGAUAAGCACCCCUUCGUCGCUGAUGCAAUAAUUGCAAAUCCAGUCUCCUUUGCCCACGUCCACAUCGCCGAACGCCUGGGUAUCCCCCUGCACAUGAUGUUCACUUUUCCCUUCACACCUACAUCCAUGUUUCCUCAUCCGCUCGCCAACAUCAAGAGAUCAAAUGUAGACGUGAGCUACACGAACUUUAUGUCCUACCCGCUCGUCGAGAUGAUGACCUGGCAGGGCCUGGGCGACUUAGUCAACAGGUUCCGCGUCAAGACGCUAGGACUUGAGCCAGUAAGCACUCUCUGGGCGCCGGGGCAGCUAUACAGGCUCAAGGUACCGUACACGUAUAUGUGGAGUCCGGCGCUCGUACCCAAACCGCCCGACUGGGGUCCGGAGAUCGACAUCUGCGGCUUUGUCUUCCUGGAACUCGCAUCCUCCUUCAAACCUCCUGAAGAGCUUACUAAAUUUCUGGAAGCGGGCGAGAAGCCUAUCUACAUCGGCUUCGGCUCUAUUGUCGUCGACGAUCCGGACGCUUUUACUCACAUGAUAUUCGAGGCGGUCAAGGAAGCCGGAGUACGUGCACUCGUGUCGAAAGGGUGGGGUGGCAUUGGCGGCGAGAAGGGCGAUCUACCGGACAACAUCUACUUACUCGACAAUACACCGCACGACUGGCUUUUCCCUCGUGUGAGGGCAGUCGUACAUCACGGCGGCGCCGGCACUACAGCUAUUGGUCUGAAGUGCGCCAAACCGACAAUGAUUGUUCCAUUUUUCGGCGACCAGCCGUUCUGGGGUGCGAUGGUAGCGGAGAAACAUGCUGGCGCGAAGAAAUGUGUACCGUACAAGAAGUUGAACAAAGACGUUCUCGUAGAGGGAAUUAGGGACUGUUUGACGGAUGAGGCUCAAGAGGGGGUGCAAAGGAUCGCGGAUUCCAUCGCGAAAGAGGGGGAUGGGGCGGCGAAUGCGGUGAAGAGUUUCCAUCGCAGUCUACCGCUGCGGGGAGAGAAGAGUAUGAGAUGUAGCGUUUUCGAGGACAGGGUGGCGGUUUGGUCGCUUAAGAAAUCGAACCUGAGACUCAGUGCGCUGGCGGCGGAGCUGUUGGUUGAGAAGAAGAAGAUCAAGUGGAGCAACCUCCGACUCAUACGCCACUACGAUUGGAACGAUUUUGACGGACCUGGAGAACCUGUCACGGGAGGUGGAGGUGCGCUUAUAGGCGCGGUGACGAGUGCAGCGAAAGGUAUUGGGCUUACGCCGGUGAAGAUGGCUCAGACGGUCAAGAAACGCAAGGAGCAUGAAGAGAAGAAGCGUCGGCGCUCCGAGAAGCAUGCCAGAGCCGUUCGUAGCAACUCCACCGGGUCCAAUAAGGGAACCUCCUCGGACAAAGACGCUUCCAAUCCUUCUGGCACCGACCGUCCCCCGGCCCAGCGGACUUUCACUCAGCUCACGCGGACCACCACCCAACUCUCCGCCGACCCUUCCGAACCUCUGGUGGAAGAACUCGCCCACGAGGCCGGCCACGGCUUUAAGAAAACGGGCGGCGCUAUUGCCAAGGCGCCCAUGGACCUCUCCCUCGCAGUCGCACAGGGCUUCCACAAUGCGCCGCGGUUGUACGGCGACGACACUGUCAGACGUCCGAUUCGCAUCUCCGGCUUCCACUCCGGCCUGCGCGCCGGCCGCGACGAGUUCGUAUACGGCAUCUACGACGGCUGGACGGGACUAGUCACGCAGCCAUACCACGCUGUCAAGAAAGGCGGCUUGCUACGCCUACCGGCUGGCAUCGGUAUGGGCAUCGGCGGCUUUGUGCUGAAGGACAUCGCUGCGUUAAUCGGGCCGAUCGGGUACUUCGCCAAGGGCAUCCACAUGGAGGUUCGGAAGAGGCAUCAGCCCACCAACUUCAUCCGCACCGCCCGCGUGAUCCAGGGCAGGAACGACCGGCGCACCCUAGAGCAAAGCCCGGACGAGAAGCGCGAAGCCGAGGAGAAAGCCCUGAAGGGCUGGCAGACGACGCUCGAGCUCCAAGCAGCGGAAAAGAAGCACAAAGAGCACACUGGCCUCUUGACCGGUCGCCGUCACCUGCACAAGAAGCGUCAAGAUUGGGCUAAGCACGGUGCCACAGAGAGCGUGGCUACGACUCGGCAUGCGAUGCGCGCCGACGAGAAGGGCGUCCCAAUGGACCGGGCGUUUGCGAGGCACAAGAAGGAGGUGCAGGCUGCGCAGAAGCCUAGGGAGCCGGUUAUGGAGGAUAGGAGGAAUAUGGAGAACAAUCCAGACAUGAUGGAGAAUGGGAGGGUGUUGAGCGAUGCGAGCGACAAUGAGCGGAGAGGAUAG